CAAUCUCUGGCGGUGCGGCGAGAAUACGGAAGUGCGGGACUUGGCAGGUUCCUGGAGGAUAUUUAGCCUGUUAUAACGAUGAUUUCUGCACAAGUUGUCUAUGGCCUGCUUCUCUGUAGAUUGCUGCAUGUGCUCGGCACAGAAUCCAAAUCCCACAUUUCUGUUGUCUUAGUCGGGGCCACGGGGGACUUGGCCAAAAAGUACCUGUGGCAAGGUUUAUUUCAGUCGUAUGCAGAGCAGCUUGGUGGUGCCCACAGCCUGAGCUUUUAUGGGGGCACCCGCCUCAGCUCCUUGGAAGCCUCACCGGUAAUGUACGAGAUUCUGAAAGGCCUGUCCUGUUUGCCAAAUGUGCCAUCAGUGAAAUGCGUGCUGCUCAAGGAUCAGUUUCUGAAGUCAACCCAGUACCACCAACUGGACACUCACGAAGACUACUCCGCUUUGAACAAGAAGAUUGAGGAGACGCUGGCCCAAGAGGGGCUUCGGGAGGAAGGCCGCCUCUUCUAUCUUUCUAUUCCCGCUUUUGCCUACGCCAACACCGCGACCAAGAUUAAUGCCACCUGUCGGCCGCGGGGAGGGUCCUGGUUGCGUGUUGUCCUGGAAAAGCCCUUUGGACAUGACCUUCAUUCUGCCCAGCGGUUAGCCGAAGAGCUGCAGAAGGUCCUCCGAGAGGAGGAGAUGUACCGAAUUGAUCAUUACCUCGGUAAACAGGCGAUUGCCCAUAUUUUGCCAUUCCGACAUGACAAUCAGCAUUCCUUGGAUCCCAUUUGGAACCAGCAUCACGUUGAAAGAGUGGAAAUCGUCAUGAAGGAGACUUUGGAUUCUAAAGGUCGCACGAGUUUUUAUGAGCAGUACGGUGUCAUUUGCGACGUUGUUCAGAACCACCUGACGGAAAUUCUGACCUUUGUCGCCAUGGAGACCCCAGCAAACAUCAGCGACUCGGAAGAGAUCCACAGAAACAAAAUGAAGGUGUACGCCAGCUUGGAGAGACUGGAGAAACGGAGCGCAGUGACCGGCCAGUAUCAAGCGUACAACUCCGAGGUCAGGCAGGAACUCCAGAAGCCAGCUGACUAUAUCAGCACUGUCCCAACAUUCGCUGGUAUAGCGAUGUUCCUGGACAGCCCUCAGUGGGAUAAUGUGCCUUUUAUACUGACUGCUGGAAAAGCUCUGGAUGAACGAGUUGGUUACACUCGAAUUCUGUUCAAAAACAAAGCCUUCUGCCUCCAAAAUGAGUCAACGAGAAAAGCUGGAUUCAGUCAAUGCAGGCAGAGACAAAUAAUCUUUUAUGUUGGCCACGGAGACUUGAAUUUUCCGGCUAUAUUGGUGAGUAAAAACCUGUUCAAACCGGUGAUAGAUGCAUCGAGCUGGAAACAAGUGACGGAAUUUCCCGAUGUCCAGAUGUUUGGAAUUCCCUUAUCGGAUUAUUACAUCUACACUCCCGUGAUGCAAAAGGAUGCUUACGCAGUGUUAAUACCUCAAAUUUUCCAGGCCAAGAGGGACUCUUUCAUCAAUACCGAGGAUCUUUUGGCAUCUUGGAAAGUCUGGACGCCCUUACUGAAAGAGCAUUCUAAAGUGAGCCCACGUCUUUAUCCAGGAGGGGCCCAAAAUGGAGAUAUAUUGGACUUCACAGUAGAGGGAAGGGUGGUAUCUUUCAGUAGGUCAGACCCCGUGCAGAUCAUAUCGGAGAGUCCUAGCCUUCAAACUGCGAGUGACUACAAGGCAAUAGCCUCAACUUUCCGAGGGAAUACCUUGGUGUCUGCAGGCACAGAGGACCUGAUCAUUAAGCUGGCCUCCCACCUGCAGCAGAAAGCCCAGGACGCUGUGCAAGAGCGUGGGAACUUCCAUCUUGCCGUUUCAGGAGGCUCGAGCCCGAUUGACUUGUUCAGGAGGUUGGCCAUGCACCACUAUAUGUUCCCUUGGAAACGCACCCACUUUUGGAUGGUGGAUGAGCGGUGCGUCCCAUUCGAUGACCCCAAGUCGAACUUCAGGAGCUUGCAUGACAACCUGCUGAAGUACUUCAGGAUCCCUUAUGUCAACAUCCACCCAAUGCCCGUUCGCAUGAACCAAAGGCUGUGUGUUGAGGACGACCGCGGCGCAGAUCUCUACGCCAAUGAGAUUGAAAUGCUGGUCAAUAGGACAAGCUUUGAUUUUGUUUUGCUGGGGGUGGGUGCUGAUGGCCACACUGCCUCACUGUUUCCCAACAGCCAGGCUCUAACCCAUGAGGGAAACCUGGUUCUGUUUACAGAAAGCCCAGUCAAACCCCAUCAACGGAUGACCCUUUCUCUAAGUGCAAUCAACAAGGCUAGGCAUGUCGCUGUCUUAAUAACAGGGAAAAUCAAGCACCCGCUAGUGGCGAGGAUAAGCAAGGAGGUAAAGAAAUCAGAGAAAUUGCCCAUUACAAUGGUUCAGCCAUCAGGUGGUGAACUCAUUUGGUUUAUUGACCAUGACGCACUCUUUGGCUGAUCAAGUUUCAUCACAGUUAGCAUCUUCACUGCCUGCCAAUUCAAAACUUUGGGUGUAGCAAAUUCACUGAAGUCACUCUGUUAAAGAAUUGAUGUUUUCAUUCUUACUAUGGGGUAUGGGGUGUUAAUUCUGGGUGUGAGUAUCAAAGCAGCAAACAUUUUUAGAAAAUCUUAACAAGCAAUAAGUACAUUUUAAUUCAUUUCUACAGUUAUAUAGAACCCACUCCACUUUAUUCUGAAUAUUUUAACCGACCUGUUCGGACACAUGUCGGGAGCAGGUGGGUCUUGAACCCAGGCCUCCUGGCUCAGAGAUAGGGACACUACCGCCGAGCCACAAAUGGUCUUUCAUUUCAUUUUGUUGAUUGUAACUGAAUGAGACUCGGAUGUGUUCUAUAGCUAGACUGGUAAUUCACUUCAUUAGAUCCCUACCUCCAGGUGGUGAAACCAAACAGCUCUCCCAUUAUUAGGUAAUUAAUCCACAACCUUUUGUACAUUUUUAUUAAAUAGUGACACCUCUGAGUGUAUGAAUGAUUGGUUGAAAUGUUGAGUGGUCAUGUCACAGACAACUGUUCGAAUGGUUCAGCUUUCUGUUGCCAAUGUCCUGUAAGAAAUAAUGAUUUAUCUGCAAACCAGCUGGUCACAAACAGUCUCCCAGAUCUAUAGGCAUGUAUUUUCCCUGAAUGUCAGCCAAGUGUCUUUUUACUCAGGUAUCCUUUUCGGAAAGAAGACAGGGGCAUUUAACCACAGAGACUGUGCAACAAAGUGAGAAGAAGCGUAUAAACAUAUGUUGCAAAAUACAGGGGCUAUUUGGAAUUUUCUUUCUGCCCCAACUGUGGUGCUUGUAGCAGAACCUUCGCUGAGGUUCUGCUAGUCUCACUAAAAGUGCAAACUUAAUUUACAUGGCCUUAGCAAAUCUCACUGUCAUGGCUUACGUCUUCAACACAGGAAAAUAUUUUAGUAGUGAACAUGUUAGGAAGAGAGGAAAGGAAGGCACCUUCCUUUGGUGAAGAAAAUUGCUGGAUACCAGCACUAGUUUUGCCAUUGGAGGUUACAGCUGUAAUUCUGACUAACAUGGAGAUAGAGUGUUGGAGUCCAGAAAGACGUUUAUUGAAGAAUAGAACUGGAGCUAAUCCGCACACACUUUCACAUUGAUCUGCAGACUAGCUCAUUAUGAGCAUAUAUCUAAACCAACAACAGUUUUUCAGUCUGUGUCUAAAAGGAUUUAAGUGUCAAUGUCCACAAGCUGCACACAUACAAUUAAACAUCAUCACUAUACAAUUAACAUUGAGCCUUGUUGUGAUAAGGGGAGGUUUAGGUAGGAAUGUAGCGUAAUCAGAAUGGCCAUGAUCUUCUUGAUCUAUGGAAUUCCUUGCCCAGUGAAGUAGUUGACGCUACUUCAGUAAACUCUUUUUAAAAAAAAGUAGAUUUUUUUUGAACAAUAAAGGA